GCCCGGAAGCAGCGGAAGCGGAUGAGGGAAGCGCUGCCCCGGCCCUGGGGGGCGGCGCGCAGCUGCAGGAGCUUCGGCCUCCUCCGGGCCACUGCGCGGCCCUCAUGCGGCGCCCUUGCUGACACCUGAAGUCUGCCGCUCGCCGUCCUCCUCGGGACCGCGGGGUCGCCUGGCCCGCCGCCCUUGGCGGUUGAAGUCGUCGUCUUGCGGGCCCGCGGCGGCCGCCCAUGGAGAAGUCCGGGCGGGGAGGCGAUGGCGCCCCCCGGGGGCCUGUACUGCACAUCGUGGUGGUUGGCUUUCAUCACAAGAAGGGCUGCCAGGUUGAAUUCUCUUACCCACCCCUGAUUCCAGGAGAUGGACAUGACAGCCACACUUUACCUGAAGAAUGGAAGUAUUUGCCCUUCCUUGCCUUACCAGAUGGCGCACACAACUACCAGGAAGAUACUGUAUUUUUUCACUUGCCACCCAGAAAUGGAAAUGGAGCUACAGUAUAUGGUAUCUCCUGCUAUCGGCAAAUUGAAGCCAAGGCAUUGAAAGUGCGGCAAGCAGAUAUCACCAGAGAGACGGUUCAGAAAAGUGUCUGUGUUCUAAGCAAGUUGCCUCUCUAUGGCUUGCUUCAAGCAAAACUUCAGCUCAUUACACAUGCAUAUUUUGAAGAGAAGGAUUUUUCCCAAAUUUCCAUUCUAAAGGAGCUUUAUGAACAUAUGAAUAGUUCCUUGGGAGGAACUUCAUUAGAAGGAUCCCAAGUAUAUCUUGGUCUGUCUCCUCGAGAUCUUGUGCUUCAUUUUCGACAUAAGGUCUUAAUCCUGUUUAAACUAAUUCUUCUUGAAAAAAAGGUUCUCUUUUAUAUUUCUCCAGUGAAUAAAUUGGUGGGUGCCCUGAUGACUGUGUUAUCCCUUUUUCCAGGCAUGAUUGAACAUGGUCUCAGUGACUGUUCUCAGUACAGACCCCGAAAGAGUAUGUCUGAAGAUGCUGGGCUUCAUGAAAGUAAUCCACCUGCAGAUGAUUUGGUUUCUAUGUCCGCUCCUGAAAUGUUAAAUACCAACUCAGGAACUGUUAAGAAAAUCAUGACAGGGAACCAUGGAGGAGAUGCUGGCAUCAAGACUGAAGAACCUUUGCUCCAAGCGGAAGAGGACAGCAGCAAAGGACAGGAACCCAAUGAUACCAGUCAAUAUUUGAAACCUCCUUCUCGUCCAUCUCCAGAAUCUUCAGAAAGUGACUGGGAGACCUUGGAUCCUAGUGUCUUGGAGGACCCCACCUUGAAAGAAAAGGAACAGGCGGGGUCAGAACAGACAAACUCAUUUCCAAAGGAGUCUGUGCCCUCAGACAGUCCUCCAAUUACUGUACAACCUCAAGCUAAUACAGGCCAGGUGGUCCUGAUACCAGGGCUAAUUUCUGGUUUGGAAGAGGACCAGUAUGGCAUGCCCCUGGCCAUCUUCACAAAGGGAUAUCUGUGUCUGCCAUAUAUGGCAUUGCAGCAGCACCACCUUCUCUCUGACGUCACCGUUCGCGGAUUUGUUGCUGGGGCUACUAACAUCCUCUUCCGACAACAGAAGCACCUCAGUGAUGCCAUUGUGGAGGUGGAAGAAGCUCUGAUCCAGAUCCACGAUCCGGAACUCAGGAAGCUGCUUAACCCGACCACCGCAGACCUCAGGUUCGCAGAUUACCUAGUGAGGCACGUGACGGAGAACCGAGAUGACGUCUUCCUGGAUGGCACAGGCUGGGAAGGAGGUGAUGAAUGGAUCCGAGCCCAGUUUGCAGUCUACAUCCACGCGCUGCUGGCUGCCACGCUGCAGUUAGAUAAUGAAAAGAUACUAUCGGACUAUGGGACAACCUUUGUUACAGCAUGGAAGAAUACUCACAACUACAGGGUGUGGAACAGCAACAAGCAUCCGGCACUUGCAGAAAUAAAUCCAAAUCAUCCUUUUCAAGGCCAGUACUCAGUGUCAGACAUGAAGUUAAGAUUCUCACAUUCUGUUCAAAACAGUGAACGUGGCAAAAAAAUUGGAAACGUCAUGGUCACAACCAGCCGAAAUGUUGUACAAACAGGAAAAGCUGUUGGCCAAUCAGUUGGAGGAGCUUUUUCCAGUGCAAAGACAGCUAUGUCUUCCUGGCUUUCCACUUUCGCCAGUCCCGCCCCCCAGAGUCUCACUGAGCCGCCCGACGGGAAGCCCUGACAAGGUGUCCAGAGGCUGUGGUCGCUUCCUUAAGUUUAAGUGUUCCCUGUCUGUCUGCUGCUCCCAGACUGUUCCUCUUCAUUGGCCACAGGUCCAUGGCAGGGGACCAGUACGUCGAACUGUUUACAUGGAUGGUUGCCCUCUGUCUAAACGAAUUCACAGGAUGCUGGAGAGAUGAAAUCGCAGCCAUAGAGGGGAUGGCUUUCCAGGUUGGGGUUUAAAUUGACUACUUUUAUUUCAGUCUGAGCCUGAUUAAAACACACAGUGAACCUUCUAAUGAAUUUUCAGUCCUGAUAUUCUACAUUUGUUUACUUUAGAAAAGUUUUUACUUAUGUAAAUUUUGUUCUCUUUUGCUGUUUGAAUAUCCAGGUGGCCAUUGUAAUUUAUAUGUGGUAAAAUUAAGUUAUCUUACUAUUUUAAUUUCAAGUUGGCCCUAAAAUGUGCUUAUAAAGUUAAGGGGCCAUACAGUCCAGCCCUUUGUUGUUACUUUGCUGAUUAUGUGAUGGUUUUUUGUUUGUUGGUUCUCUACCCACAAAACACACUUAUCAAUUCACUGACUCCCAGAAACGUGAAAGCCAGAGGCAGUAGUUCUGAGGAUGAAGUGUUUUGUUUUAUGUUUAUAGUUUAUUCUUUCCCAGUCCUAAGCACUUGCUCUGAGGCAUCGAGAAUGUCACAGUGGUGUUGGAGUGGUGUAACCGAAAUGUGUAUUUAGGGCAAGGCUUUAGAAGCCCUAGGUGUGAGUUCUGUCAACUCUAGUUAUCUUGCAGUCUUCUACAAGCAUUUUUUAACCCGCAGUUUGUGCCUUCUAUUUCUUCUUUUAAACCGUUUCCAAUUGGCUGUUUACAGACAUAACAGGUUUUUUCUUAGUCUGAUUCUUCAUACAGCUUUUCAAGGCACUUGGUCUUUCUACUUCCCUGAUGGAAAAUCCUUCGGUAAUCAAUCCCUACCCCAUUAUAAAAGUAUUUAUAAAAGAAAAACGAGAUGAUCCAUAAAUAUUAAAUAGAAAUCUCAUCUUCACUCACGUUUAGAAAAGCAAGAGGCAAGAGGAGAAAACUACAGCUGUGACAUCAGUCUUGUUUCACAAAGGACCUCUGGUUUCACCUUAGACACAUGCACAUGUGUGCUACGUACUGAAGAUUUUUAUACAACUGGACCUCACGUAUCUGCCAUGCACAGCUCUCAUUUGCUUUUCAAGGGGACUUUGGAUGGGUGUUCUCAGGGAGUACUUACAGGGGACAGACUUUUUUCAGUAACAAAGGACAGUUGGCAAAUAUGUUGUGAGUAUGAUCUACAUAUGAUAGGGUGUUGGGAAAAUAAGGGAUCUAAUUAAGGAGAACACGUGAUUAUAUUUGAUUAUCCCUUACAAAAUGUUGAUGUAAGAAGUAAAUUCUUCUAGGGCAUGUGAAAUGGACAUAGGGAUAUAAUCUAAAUGUCUCUAAAAUCUCCUAUUUGUGUUUAACACAAGUCUGACAAACGUAAAAGCGUACUUCCUUUUGAGCACAAUAACUCAAGAAUUCAGUGAUGAUCAAUGAAAGGGCUUAUUGUGAGAACUCUAUUAACUCCACUUCUGCUGGGGAAGUUAGCCUUCUCAGGAAAUACUAUUUGAAGAGAAGAAAGUAAUAACCAAACAACACCUUAAAAGGUAACUUUAAUUAGUGUUGCACUGAGACUAUAAAGAAUUCAUUCUAACAUCCUGUUUCUUGAGGCCACAUCAUUAGUCGGGGUGUCUAGUGUUAGUGUGCAGUUGUUAGCUCUCUACUGCCCAAGUUUCACAGCACCAAGAGCAGCUGCGAGGCCGGCCGGCGCACCGCUGGUCCAUCCUCCAGUUUGUUUGAGUUGCAGGCUUGGGGUAAACUCUCAUCUCUCACUGUUCAGAAGCAGGCCAAUCUACACGUUGCUAUCCCACUGAAAUAAAAAUGGUUACGUGAAAUUUAACUUUGCUUUAAGAUCACUUUUUCCCCAUUUUAACAUAUACCUUUACAUGAACUUGCUAUUAAUUUUUCUAGUUCAGAGUUCAGCUCUUAAGCUGGUCAUUUAACUGACUUUCAGCAUAAAGCGAGUAUCUCAAAAGAUAGAACUUUUGUCAGAGAAGUAGUCAAAAGACUGUAACUAUAUUUCCUUCAGGUUCUGGGAGGCAUUGGAGUUUUCAGAGAGCGUAAACUAAUAUGUUGUUGGCAGGGGCCCCAGGGCGGCCAGCACAGUUGAAGGCAGGAAGCUUGGCCCCUUGUCCUGGGAGCCCGCGUGCUUGUGACUUGGAUUCCAGGCUUCAGCUGAGUGGCCAGCCCCAGAAGCUGUAGCCUUCCUGGUUCUGUGAGCCACGGGAGCCAACAUGGGGCCAUCUUUAGACAUAGCACCGGUAAAGGUGGAUGUUCUGCUUUGGCCACACUUGCUCCAGUCCCUUUGUGUCUAAGAACUGAGUAUUGGUAAGUAGGCCUGAGGGAGCUAGGGUCAGCCAGGCCUUUCCAGGGUGUGCCAGCCACACAGACUGCAUCUAUAGCUUGGCGGUGGCCUCACUGCUAUCUAGGUAACUUAAAAGUAGUGCUGGGGAAAAGUCCCUGGCAUUUAGUUCCUACUAAGGCAUUGUGAUGACAAUUGACAUAGGGAAGGAAAAGAGUUAAGGCUACCAACCACCCGACCUGCGUUAAGAGAAAAAGUUGCAUGUCAAGAGUGAGGCUCAGAGUUAUCUCGUGUAUGCAUUUGACUCACAUAACCAGGAUGAAUAGUCUAUCUCCAGAUCCCCUAGUGAUUUACUAGUUAGUGCCCAAGCUCUAAAACAAUCCUUAUCUACUUUUUGCUUUAAGAAACAGCAGAAAUAUCCUCAGGCAGCAAACCAGAGCAUAUGACGUGAUUUCCUGAAUCUUAUCUUGCUUUCUCAGUUCUAUAUUAAGCAUUGGAUUUUUUUUUUAUGAUAAUUUACUUUAGAAACGUAAGAAGAAAGCAAAUUUGGAAGGGAGAGAAGUUAGAAGUCACAAAAUUGAGGAACAAGGUACUUACAAUCUGAAUGAAGGUAUUCUGAGGACACAGUAUUUAAUGUGCUGAAAGUUAUAAGAAUUCUUUUACAGAGAAGUUAGGAUUUUAAUCUACUGGUUACAAGUUUGAAAAUGAAGCUAUAAUAUCUCCCCGGCAGGCAGGUUUUGUUCUUACUUUGUUUUGUGGAAGUUACAGCCCGUGUUUCCCUCUGGGCCUGGUGACGAGUUGGGGAGCGUUCAGCUCUGGAAGGGGCAGUGGACUGAUCUUGAACCGCAUGAACUUUUUUAUCCUUGUCAGUGGUUGGGGCGAGUAGCCUGUGAGGACAGUAGCUGCUACAUGUUGUCCAUUAUUUUAUCAGGGAGCUGGUUGGGACUCGAGAUGGCAUCAACAUUUGCAUGCCACCAGAGGUGGCCCAGCAUUCGUGGCCUUUCCACCCAGGUCGGUGGGCAGCCAUUAAAGCUGACAGGGAGCGCAGCCCUGGUUUCUAGAAGAGGAUUGUCAUUCUGUGCAACGCAGUGUGCCACUGGGAGUAUUUCAUUCCAGGUCUUUGGACUUCGUGACAUUGGAAUUGUUUUUUCAUAAUUUCCAACAUUCCAUAAAUAUUUGUCAAGGACAAAGAAGAGGAAUGUGGAUCUUUAUUGUUUUCAUAUAAAUAACUUUGUACGUGUGACUUCCUGCUUUCGUAUGAAGGGGAAGAAAUUAGCUCCUCCCUUGUAUGGUAACUCCAGAAUUAAAAAGAUUGUGCACGUAUAGGGGUUGAGUAUAUUUUGUAAAACUCUAAUGAUUUGUAUUUCUGUGCUGUUCUAAAGUUUACCUUUUUACUUCUAUUAAUUAAAGAUAUAGAAACUAUAUAUUUAAAUCAUGUAAAUGGGACACAAUUUAGGGUUUUUUCCCCAGUCUUCUUUUUCAUCAGCUUCUCACACACACAGUAUGCUGCUCAGAUUUUUUUGUGUGCAAUAUAAACAUUUGAACAUUUCAGUCAGGUACUGAGCCAGAAAUGGUAAUUGAAGUUUUUUAGAAAGCUUCUGUGCUUAGAAAAUACUUUGUUUUCUUGAAAUAUUAAUAAUUUAUAGCUGGAAAAAUAGGAUCAAGACUUAAUGUGUUUCAGGCCACUUGGUCAUUGCUUCCUAAAUGUAGGAAGCGUUUGAUUAACAAGUUGGUGAAGGCAUUUAGUGGUCACAAAAAUAGUUUAAAUAUUUGAGAUUAAAGGCUUCCCGCAAACCCUCUGAGAAAGUUUAGCUAAGAAAUCUUAGAAAGUUUUCUGAGGAGGUUUGGCUUUGGCACAUGUUUUGAUCAGAAAGAUAGUUUCUCUUUGCUCCAGUAGGUUUAUAAUUUGUACUAGUUCUUUCUUUCCGUUGUCAUUUGUUAAAAAAAAAAAAAAUGUUAAAAUUAUAAAUCACGUCUAAUCAUAGUGAAUUGUAAAAGUUCUGUAUUUUUAUUUUAAGGAAACAUAAGAAUAAAAUUAUCCUGUUUGUCCUGCA